UCAAAUCCUUCUACGAGUAGGUUAAUGUUCAGGGACAUGAGUACAGAAGCUGCUCCUCAUACUCGGUCUACUAACUCGUUUGAAAGUCGACUACUCGAAACCCUUCAUACAAAUACCUUCAGUCCUAGUGUUUUCGCUGCUACUAAGAGUCCAGUAUCACCUGGGGAAUUUAAAUGGUCCAUAGAGGAAUUGUCUAUCCUCAAACCCGUGCAUAUCACAGAGGAGGAAAUCGCCCAAAGCAAUCAGUCACCGGAUCCGGAGCAUGAGGCAAAGAUUCAGUCUAUUCUCGACGAGUACUGGAAGAAUAAUAUUUGUCAUAUUCCAUCACCUGAUGCGCCAGUUACGUUAAUUUUCCGUAUGACGUCAUCUCAUUGUCAGAAUCCACUUGUGGCUGCCGCGUCGGAAACACCAUUGUGCGAUAUCGUCCGAAUUAGUGCGGCUAUGCGAAUGAAAUAUUCUACGUCUUCGCCAAAAUCCCGUCCGAAUCUGAAUGGAUCUCGUCGCAGCACAGUUGUUCAGGCUGCUCGGAAUCGACAGUCACAGACUGAAAUCACAAUAGCUCCAUCUGCCUUCUUCGACUUUACGAAAUUUCUUGGUUCAUCGUGUAUUUACAACCCUUCUGAGGAAUGCGACGAGGAGUCCGUUUUCAACGCAACAGGUUCAAGCGUGGGAUCACUGCGUCGCCGCUUGUUCAUCGACGAAGGUGACAACGCUCCAGUUCAUGGCAGUUCGGAAGAUUUGGCAAGUUUUCACACAUUUGGCCUUGGCAGCUAUUCGUCUGUAGCAGUGGAUUAUAUUUUUGAAGGCGGACUUUGGUUUAACCUCGAACGGGGUAUUUGA